GCGGGGCGGGCCGCGAGCGCUCCGCCCGGGGUCUGGCGUUUAAAGCGCUACGCUAGCCGGCCCGUGGCGGCUGCGGUGUUCGGGGUCGCGAUGUCAGGGCAGCAGGCGGGUGCAGAGCAGCGGCGCGAGGAGCCGAGCGCGCCGGCUUCGCCGCUCUCUCGGUUCGUGCUGGGGCUGGACGUGGGCAGCACGGUGAUCCGCUGCCACGUCUAUGACCGGACGGCGCGGGUGCGAGGCUCCAGCGCGCAGAAGGUAGAAAAUGUUUACCCUCAACCUGGCUGGGUUGAAAUUGAUCCUGAUGCACUCUGGACUCAGUUUGUUACUGUAAUAAAAGAUGCUGUCAAAGCUGCAGGGGUGCAGAUGAGUCAAAUUGUCGGUCUCGGCAUAUCAACGCAGAGAGCCACUUUCAUUACGUGGAACAGGAAAACAGGCCAUCAUUUUCACAACUUCAUUAGUUGGCAAGAUCUAAGGGCAGCUGAACUUGUAAAGUCCUGGAAUAAUUCUCUCAUAAUGAAGCUACUGCAUGGGGCCACCCGACUGCUUCAUUUCUUCAGUAGAAAUAAAGUAAUGUUGUCCGUCAGUCGCUUCAAUUUCACCACCCAGCAUGUCACCUUAAGAUUGAUCUGGAUUUUACAAAACCUGGCUGAGGUGAAAAAGGCAGUUGAAGAAGACAAUUGUUGCUUUGGGACAAUUGAUACCUGGCUGUUAUAUAAGCUCACAAAAGGUUCUUCCUAUGCCACGGAUUAUUCAAAUGCCAGUACAACUGGAUUUUUUGAUCCAUAUGCGAUGCGCUGGAGCAGGCUCUUAACCACCAUGGUUUCCCUACCCCUCUCUAUCCUGCCUCCUGUGAAGGACACAAGCUAUAAUUUUGGAUCCGUGGAUGAGGAGAUAUUUGGCGUGCCUAUACCAGUUGUUGCCUUGGUUGGCGACCAGCAGUCCGCCAUGUUUGGAGAGUGCUGCUUCGAGACAGGAGAUGUGAAGUUAACCAUGGGAACAGGAACAUUUUUGGAUAUCAAUACUGGAAAAAGCCCUCAGCAUGUUAAUGGAGGCUUUUACCCACUAAUUGGAUGGAAGAUUGGGCAAGAACUUGUAUGUUUAGCUGAAGGCAAUGCAGGAGACACGGGAACAGCUAUAAUAUGGGCUCAGAAAUUAGAUCUCUUCACAGAUGCUGCUGAGACCGAAAAAAUGGCCCUGAGCCUGGAAGAUUCCGAAGGGGUUUACUUUGUUCCGUCUUUUAGUGGAUUACAGGCGCCACUAAAUGACCCCUGUGCCUGUGCCUCUUUUAUGGGUUUGAAGCAUUCCACUAAUAAAUACCAUCUCGUCCGAGCAAUAUUGGAGUCCAUAGCUUUCAGGAACAAGCAGUUAUAUGAUAUGCUGCUGAGAGAAAUCCAGAUUCCGGUCACGAACAUCCGGGCGGAUGGAGGCGUCUGUAACAACGCUUUCGUCAUGCAGAUGACUUCAGACCUGAUUAACGAGAAGAUAGACCGGCCCGCCCACUUCGACAUGUCCUGCUUGGGUGCAGCCUCGCUGGCUGGCCUUGCCGUUGGAUUUUGGGCGGACAAGGAAGAACUGCAGAAGCUGAGGCAAAGUGAGAUGGUUUUCAAGCCUCAGAAGAAGUGGCAGGAAUACGAGGUGAAUAUGGAAAACUGGGUAAAAGCUGUGAAGCGCUCUAUGAAUUGGUAUAACAAGACAUAACCCCAAGGAGCCAAGGAAAACCUGAAGGCCGGGUGACAGGAUGUGCCGAUGGGAGACACGCAGGGAUCACCAUUCGACCAACCAUGGCCGAGAGGAGAAGAUUCGAAAGGAGCCUCACGGGCUGGGAGAAGAAGCCUGGCUCUUUUUUUAAAAAACAAAAACAAAAACAAAAAAACCUCACACUCAAAAAAAAACACUUCUUAUUUUUUAAAUCCAAAUCUUAGUGAAAUUUUUAGGCAGCAACAUCUCAAAACUUUGUCUUCUUCUUUUAGCUAUUUUCAAAGGACAUUGUCCACUCCCAACUGCAUUUCCAGAGUUGCGAGUCCUCUUCUUUUAUACAGGGUCAGUGGCACAUACGUCAUAGUCAUUUACCCUAAUGGUUCCAGGUCUGGUACCAUCCAUCACAUUUUGUUAAAAAUGAUGAAAUGUUUUCUUAAAUUAAAAAUCAAGAGGGCUCUUUGACAUCCACAUAACUCAAAUGGAGAGGUAAUUGAGAAAACGUUUUGUGUAUAAAGCCAUAAUUGUUUAGGUGUCAUAUCUUCAUGUAAGCUGUGAUGUCACUCCUCGACGACCUCCUUAGUCAGCCCUUUCCUUUGUCCUGCAUAAAGACGCUGCCUUAAUUCUUCCACACAGCCAAACUCUGGGCUGUUCCGUUGUUUUCAGUAAGGUGCAGUGUCACCAUGUAGCCCGGGCUGGCUUUAAACUUGAGACUCUCCCUCCCCGUCCUCAGGCAUGCACCGUCAUGCCUAGGUGAGCACUCAGCAUACACUGGGGAGCACGGCUCAGUUAGCCGACUGAAAAGGAUAUUGCCGCUAGGCAUGGUGGCAAAUUUGGGGACGUUUGAGGCUGAGGCCAGGAGAGUGUGAGGUUGGAGACUCUCUGAACAAUGCAGUGAAUUCCAGGCAAUCUGGGUGAUACAGUGAGGCCCUGUCUUUGAAAAUUCCUUGUUUGUUUGAGAGAAGAUCUUGUUGUCUAACCCAUGCCAGUUUCUAACUCUUGAGCCCCCUUCUUUAGUCUCCAGAGAUGUGUGUACCAUUCUAUUUUUAUAAAAUGCAAGCAGUUAAUAUCUUUCUUCCUGGUUCUUUAUCUUUCUUUACUUGUUGAAAUGCUUGCAUAAAUGUCCAUUUUUUAAAAAAGUGCCUACUUGACAGAGUUUAAUUGUUGUUAGUUGUGUUUGUUUUGGCAUCAGAGUCUCAGUAUGUAGCUCAGGCUAGCCUAAAACUCCAGGUCCUCUUGAUUUAGUCUCCAGAGGUGCCAGGAUUGUUGGCGUUUACUCUGCCUUCACAGUUUACUUUGAAGCUUCUCAGUAACUUAAGAAUUGCCUUCCUGGGUUAUUUGCUGUGGCUUUUGGUGUUCGUCCUGCUCACCUCUGAGAGAGCAGAGGCUGGCAGAUAAGGUGAUGGAAUGUGUCUUGAUGAUGGCUGCAAACCAGUCAGCCACUGAGCAGCAGUCCCACCUUCGGAUGGCUGGAAGCAGGUAGAGGAGUCAGUAGAGAGAAGCCUCAGACUGGGUAUAAAAUCGUUCUGGGGUGGUUGACAGUGCCCCAGCCUCUUAGUAACCUCUGGUGGCCCUCCGUCCAGGAGGGAAUUUUCUUGAGGUGCAUGAACUUGUUUGCAUCUUGGUCAUUAUCACAUGAAAGUGCCACUGUUCUAGAACUAUCUACUACAUAAUUGUGUCACUGAAGGAGCAACUGUUAGAGGAAAUGUCCAUUUGGGAGUCAGUUAUUCUAGAAUAGCAGGUACAUCAUGUUUUCUGCAGAUUAUUUUCUUGGGCUCCCAGUGUCUUCAGUUGUUUAGAAAAAAAAGUUUCUUAAUGGAAACAUUAUAGCAAACAUGUAGCUUCAUUAAUUCCAUUAACCUUUGGAGACAAGCCAACAAGAUGUCUCAGCAGGUAAAGGCGCUUGCUUGUCCUGCGUUCCGUCCCAGAAGGAACAUGUGUGCAGAUAGAGGUUUCUUAUGACUUCAACAUGUGCAUGGUGCUGUCUACACAUCCUCCAUAAUAAUAAUACAAAGUCUAAAAGGUUUGGAAAUAUUUUUGCUAGAGGCAUGUUUACUGCAGCAAAUCAGAUCUUAGGUAGAAAAUAUCUUUUUCUUUCUCUUCUACAACAUUUUUACAGGUUUUCCCAUCAAUCUUGUGAAAGCUUCUUUAUGUGAAUGUUUUUAUAGGUUCUGCUGAUAGGUAUGGUUUCCUAGGAAGUGAUUCUGUCCCUUUUUAUCAGGAGAGACUGAGCUGUGGUGUUAACUACUAAGGUCUGUUUGCCGUUCCCUUCUAAGUGACAGCUGUGGAGUGAAGGACAAAUGUCCUUCAGACACUGUGAAAAACAACUAAUGUCUCAUCUGAAUUGAAACAUCAUCGACGUUUUUUCUUCUGUGGCACUGGAAGCUAAUCUUUUGCUUUUUGGCAUUUCUGGCCAUAUUUUAAUGACAGGGCUUAGUGAUUCUUGAAAUCGUUAAAGAAAAUCAGAAAUAUUAUGUCAUUUGCUUUUGAGGUUGUAGGAACAGUUGUUAAUCAAAAACAGUUGAACAUUGUCCCUUCAUCUGCCUUUUGAAAAUAAUUUUUAAUAUGCUAAUAUUUCUUAGCAUAUUUUCUCUUUCCAUUAUAAAUCUACCAGGCAUUUUAAGAGGACAGUGUACCUGUGUAGCCCGUCUUAAAGUGGUACUAACUGCAUUAUCUAUUACUUAUUGAUCUUCAAAGCUCUUGUAUUCAUCAUUGGUAUAGUUUCUCAGUGUCAGCAUUGAUCUUUGUUUUGUUUUUGUGACAGGGCCUCACUGUGUAGCCCUGGCUGUCCUGGAACUCACUAUGUAGACCAGGUUGUCUCCACACUCACAGAACUUUGCCUCCUGAGUUCUCUGGUUAAAAGCGUGUGCGACCACACCCUGCCAACACUGACAUUUUGAACUGCAUCCGACAUUGCUCUGGGAUGCUGUGCUGGACACAGUGGGGUCCUUGACCUCCACCGUUCAGCAUUCCCUGGGCUUCAUGGCCCCCAAUGCCUGUCAACAUUGGCCAUCCAAAAACCAUUGCCAUUUGAGAACCACUGAUGCAGGCUGUUAGAAUAAACAUGAGGAUUUGGUGAAUAUAGUAACAUUUCCAAUAUACUAUUCUCCUAGGAAAUGAAUUCUUAACAGUGAAAAAGUAGGUAGUGUCCUAAAGUAUGGUUUCUGUUUUGCUUGGUAAUGAAAAAGUUGGUUGUUUGUGUCCCUUACCCAUCACCUCUGAGGACGGCUCAAGCAAGCCUCCAGCCUUCGGCCUGAUAGUCAAUUGUUCUACUACUGAGCUACAUCCCAGCCGCCAAGUCUCCUCGUGUUUAUGUGCCUCAGCUCUACCCUGUGUGUUCACAACGCGUGGACCGUUGCCCUUGUGAAAUGACGGUUCUGUUCUGUAGACCAUCUGUUCCUACCCCUGUACUUCUGAGACAGGGUCUUACUCUGUAGCUCAAGUUGGUCUGGAACUCCUGGCGGUGCUCCUGCCUCAGCCUCCUGGGUGCUGAGAUUACAGGCAUGAGACACCGAGCCUGGCCUUGCCUCAGUUUUAUCUCUGAACAAGGAAAGGCCCACCGUCCCAAACCUUCAUUAGAUUUGAUGCUUCCUGAAGCCAAAGCCAUGUGUGCUCCCACAGAACUUAGCACUGUGCCUUCCUGUCUGUGGAUAGAUGUGUACUUCACAUUUAUCUUUGAUCUUACAUUUAUUGAUAGUAUCUUAUACUUGUCCAAAAGGAAGAUAUCUACAGCUAGAGGCUUGAUGUUUAUUGUAAAAAAAAAAAAAGUCACAUGUCUGUGUAUUUUCAAAUAUAUUUUUGUAGAGAUAUAUAUCCAUAGAUACACAUGGAAAUAACAGCUUUCUUUUUGCUGGUCUGGGAAUUCACCCUAGAGUCUGGUAUAUGCUAAACAUGCCUGGCUACUUUUAACUUUUUAAGGUAUACUUGAAACUUUCAUCCACAGGUUUUAUAUGUUAGACUGUAGCUAACUAGCCUUGUAUUUAAAGAGUGCCCAACACUCCGGUGCUAUAGAAGAAACCUCAGAAGUAGCCCCUUAAUUAAGCAAAACACCUAUACUGGGGACCAGUUUUUUUUUUUUGUUUUGUUUUUGUUUUGUGUGUGUGUAUGCUCUUUUGUUUUGUCUUUUUUUUAAGGUUUUUGUUUGUUUCAUUGAUUUGUUUUUGUGUUUUUGUUUUGAGACAGUGUCUCGCUAUGUAGCUCUGACUAUCCUGGAACUAGAGAUCUGCCUGCCUCUGCCUCCCAAGUGCUGGUAUUAAAGGUCUCCCAGAGCCACUGGGCCUAGAUUUGGGGACUGGUUAUCAAUGUAAACUAGUACAGCUCAAGAGGCUGGCAAGACUUUUUCAGUUCUUUGAGGAGAAAUAAUUGCUGUGCCUCAGAGUCCUCCAACUACGAAUCUAUAGUCACCCAGAACUACUCUAAAGAAUGCUGAACCAACUUGAAGGAUUCUGGCUCCCUUUGGGAAGUUUAGAUUGUGCUUUUAUAAGUCAGGGUAAGAAGUUUCAGGCAUGCCUCUGAACCUUUAAGAUUCUCCCAAUUGGGAAUCAAGAGUCUGAAAGAGGCUUCAGAAUUAGGUAAUUCGGGAGUCCUGUUCUUCUAUUCUUACAGGCUCUCUGCCCUUUGCAUUUUUCCCAUUCUAGAUAGCCAUUGGGGUUGCUUAGGUGCAGGACGGAAGGAGAGGAUAAAGAGCCUCGGCACAGUGGCUGCCCCAUGUUGUUUCUGCCCUCCACCAGUGUGCGAGUGGUCCAGGCUCUCCAUGGCUUCCCUGUCCUCUCACCAGCGCUCGGUGAUGCUGUUUCAUGUGCUGCUUGUCCUCUGCCUGCCGUCAUCUUUUACAUCUCUGUUCCCGUCUUUGUCAGUUUGCCAAUUGGAUUUGUUUACUGAACGAGCCAUAUCUUUUAAUAACGCUUUAAGAAUAAUAUCAGGCUUCAGAAGUCAUUAAAUAGGACUUUUCAAGUCGUUUAAGGCAAACUUUUAUAGCAUCUUGAACAUUGUCUUACAAUGCGCCCAGCAGGAGGGCUUUUACUUCUGGGCUCAUUACACAGGGCGGGGCUCAUGCUGUGAAAAGAACAAAAACAAGGAUUCUAAGGCACCUUUACUUAAGAUGUCCUGUAGUGUGUCCAGACACAUACUUUAUAUAUAGCAAUCAUCAUGUCUCUAACUGUGCAAUGGUAUGAUUUAUAUAAAGGUUCAGAAUGAUUUUUGUGAAAAAUUAAUUAGCAAAGAUGAAUAAGUGUAGAUUUGAAUUCUUAUGUAUCAGUAAUUUAUGAUCUUAUUUCUCUGUUAUUGUGAGUUGGUUUUAUUAAGUAGUUAUUAAGUACUGUCAUAAACCAUUUUAUAGAUCUUUAAUAAAAUUAAAGAUGAAAUCAGCAAUAGAAAU